UCGUCAACUCUUAAUCAUUCUUCUUCUUCUUCUUUAUCAACUCCUAAAUUAAACUAACCCUAAAGGCUAGCGAGAAGAAGCUUUAAAUUUCCGCUGGUAAGAAUUCGGUUUCAGAAAAUAUUUGUUAGUGACAAUGGAGGAUGAAAGAGUUGAUCUUCCUCCGGGUUUUAGCUUUGAUCCAACGGAUGAAGAGCUUUUUAUGUAUUAUCUCAAAAGUAAAGUUGCAGGCUUACCGUUCUACCCCAGCAUCAAUAUUCCUCAUCUUGAUUUUUCUUCUUCUCAUCCUUCAGAACUCAACGAGAAGGCUUUGUGGAGCAAAAAUCAGUUGUAUUUCUUCAGUCAAGUGAAGGAAAAUCGAACUACAAGAAAAGGAUAUUGGAAGGAAGUACAUAUGGAUGAGCCAAUUUUACUCCCAGAUUAUGGAGAAAAAAUAGUAGGAAUAAAAAAGUAUUUUGUUUACUAUAAUAUUCCUGAAGUACAAACUAACUGGAUUAUGGAAGAAUUCCACCUCUCUAUCAGUAAUUCCUUCAAGAAGCCUACCAAGAAAAGAGAAAAUGAAAUGGAAUGGGUUUUAUGUAGAGUACAUGAGUCGAACAACCAAUCUCAAGGGAUAAAUUGCCUCUAUAGAAAUUGUGAUGAUGAAGUAGAGCUCUCAGCUUUGGAUGAAGUCUUUUUAUCUAUGGAUGAUGAAGAAGAAGAGGAGAUAAGUUUUCCAUAAGAGUUAAUUGAUGUAAUUAUAGGUCUUAAGUAAUGUUAUAGCAUAUAUUGUUUUUCAUAUAAUUAUACUUUAGUACAUAUAUUUGUAUAUACAAUACAUUGAUGUAAUAGUGUAUGUAGCAUAUGGUCUCUCAUAAUUGUACGUUGCAUACGUGAAUACAGAAUACAUCAACUCCUACUUAUGAGUUA